AUGAGCGCCCAGGACGCCGUCGACGCCUCGGAGCACUACGAGGUGUGGAACACGGACGACAUCCCGUCGCUGCGCACCAUCAUCAUCGACACGAACCCCCGCGCCUGGGCCGCCCUCGCCGACGUGCUGCCACUGUCCAAGGCUAUUGCCAACAUUCUCAUUUUUGUCAACGCCCACUUAGCCUUCAGUAAUUCAAAUCAGGUCGCCAUCAUCGCGUCACAUACCAACCGCGCCGUCUGGCUGUACCCUCAGCCCCCCGAGCCGCUGCCGUCCGGUUCGUCGUCCCACGAUGCCGCUGCUCGCAAGAGCGCCACCAUCGGCAAGUACCCCCAGUUCGCCCAGAUCGAGAAGUCCCUGCUGUCAUCCAUCCGCGCUCUCAUGGACGACACAACCCCCUCCGACCUCGAUACCACCACGACCCAGAUCUCCGGGGCCUUGACUCUCGCCCUCGCUCACAUUAACAAGACUGCCCUCUCCCUGACCGCCUCCAACACCGCUGCUGCGGCUGUCGCAACGGGGCAUUCUCUCACAGCUGGCAGUGCAGCCAGCGUAGCCGCCAAAGCAGCCAGCACCUCGACCAGCGCCGGCCUGGCCGGCCUACACGCGCGCAUCCUCAUCAUUUCAGUCAGCGACAGCUCCGCAGCGCAGUACAUCCCCACGAUGAACGCCGUCUUCGCCGCAGCUCACGCCCGCAUCGCCAUUGACACGCUCGCACUCCGCGGAAGCGCUACGUUUCUCGAGCAGGCAAGUUUCAUCACGCGCGGCACCUUCAUCCGCGCCGCUGAGCCUCGUGGCUUGCUGCAGUACCUCAUGUUCGGCUUUGGCAGCGGUAGUGCGCCAUCGAACCCUGCUGCAGCGGCCGCUGCCGCGGAGAAGUCGACAAUUGGGGGUCCCAAGCCAUCAGGUGCCGCUGCUGCCCAGCCUGCUGCUGGCACAACGAAGCCUGGUGCAGCUGGCAAGCUACCCCCCGGGGCGGCAGUCACGGAUCUGUUGAUGACUCCCAGCGCCGAGGCAGUCGACUUCCGGGCAGCCUGCUUCUGUCACCGGAAUGUGGUUGAUACAGGGUUUGUGUGUUCUGUGUGUCUCAGCAUUUUUUGUGAGGUGCCUCCGGGGGGCGAAUGCAUGACAUGCGGGACGAAACUGGCGUUGGGGGAUUACGGAAAGAUGCCGGCUGCUGCAGUGGAGGCUGUUGCUAAGCUGAUUCAAGCUAAGGCUGGGGCAGAAAACGGGGCGACGUCGCCUUCGGCGAGGAAGGAGAAACGGAAGGCUGGGACUAAUGGGGAGAUCUAG